UCCACACCUAGCUUAUCCUCUUCCAUCAUCCAGUUCACUAUUGGCUAUCUAGAUUUUCUCAUCAACAUCUCGUAACUCGUUCAUUUUCACCACCUUCUCUCACAAUUCCAAACCUUAAUCUCCCAAUCAUCAUCAUUAUGGCUUCUUCAACCAUUCCAAACACACCCUUAACCUUGAAUUCCCACACCUUUGUUGAUCUCAAAUCACCAUUCACAUUAUCCAACUAUCUUAGCUUUUCUUCAUCAAAGCGCCGACAACCUCCAAGUCUUUUCACGGUCAGAGCAAGUGACUCCGAUUUCGAAGCCGCGGUUGUUGCCGGUAAAGUACCGGAAGCACCUCCAGUACCGCCUACACCGGCGUCACCAGCUGGAACCCCAGUCGUUCCUUCACUUCCAAUUCAAAGGCGUCCCCGCCGUAAUAGAAGAUCGCCUGCACUUAGAUCGGCGUUUCAGGAAACAACUCUAUCACCUGCGAAUUUUGUAUAUCCACUGUUUAUACAUGAAGGUGAGGAGGAUACCCCUAUUGGGGCUAUGCCUGGAUGCUACAGGCUUGGUUGGAGACACGGACUUUUGGAAGAGGUUGCAAAAGCACGGGAUGUUGGUGUUAACAGUGUUGUGCUCUUCCCCAAAAUUCCAGAUGCUUUGAAGACCCCCACAGGAGAUGAAGCAUAUAAUGAGGAUGGUUUAGUGCCUCGGUCUAUACGAUUGCUCAAGGAUAAGUACCCUGAUCUUAUUAUUUACACAGAUGUUGCAUUAGAUCCUUAUUCGUCAGAUGGACAUGAUGGCAUAGUCAGAGAAGAUGGAGUUAUUAUGAAUGAUGAGACUGUUCAUCAGCUUUGUAAACAAGCUGUAGCCCAGGCACGGGCUGGAGCAGAUGUUGUCAGCCCCAGCGAUAUGAUGGAUGGUCGGGUAGGAGCGAUGCGAGUAGCUCUCGAUGCUGAAGGCUUUCAGCAUGUUUCUAUUAUGUCAUAUACUGCAAAGUAUGCAAGCUCAUUUUAUGGCCCAUUUAGAGAAGCAUUGGAUUCAAACCCCCGGUUUGGAGACAAGAAGACCUACCAGAUGAAUCCAGCAAAUUACAGAGAGGCUUUGACUGAGAUGAGGGAAGAUGAGUCUGAAGGAGCUGAUAUUCUGUUGGUAAAACCCGGCCUUCCCUAUUUGGAUAUCAUAAGGCUACUUAGAGAUAAUUCUCCACUGCCAAUUGCAGCAUACCAGGUUUCUGGUGAAUAUUCGAUGAUAAAAGCUGGUGGUGCUCUAAAAAUGAUUGACGAAGAGAAGGUUAUGAUGGAAUCAUUAUUGUGCCUCCGACGGGCUGGUGCUGACAUCAUCCUUACGUAUUUUGCUCUACAAGCUGCCAGAACUUUGUGUGGAGAGAAGAGGUGAGGUUCCAUAAAUAUAUAGGCCAAUUUUCAUCCUCGAAGGCCAAAGAGCUCAAAGCAUUUGCAAGCAUGUGCAGAGUUCAUAUAAAAUGCUGAGAAUUUUUUUUCAAAAUGUGUUGUAGUUUUUGUAAACCCAUAAUCUUAUUCACGUGUAAUUUACUCAACUUCAGAAUAAGUAGUACUCUAUAAAUGACAGAAUGUACUCAACUGCAAAAUAAUUAUAACUGUAAUGUAUUUAGUGCUGAAAUGAAGUCAAUUUCUUGUAGUGAA